CCAACUUCUUCAAACCUCUUUGCCGCACUAUCGUCCCCUACAAAGCUAUAAACACGUUUUUUCCAUUCCCUUCUGUAACUCAAAUCUUCUUCUUCUAUUAUCCUCUCUCUCUACAUUCCUCUUUUCCAGUUCUCCUUCUCCAACAAAGAAAGUAAAAGAAGAAAGGUCGAAAGGAAAUCUUCGCAUUUAGUGGAAGCGAUCGCAGAAACUCGUACCGGCGGCGUCCCGAGAUGGCGUCACACCACCCAUCCGAGCCUGAUUCUGGCUCGGCGGACUCCGUGACUUCGUCCCCACGAUCGGACCAACUGCCGCCUUCACAACACAAACAACAUGACGAGCUGCAUCCACGUGUUAGGUUCAUGUGCAGUUUCGGCGGUCGGAUACUCCCACGCCCCCACGACAACCAACUCAGAUACGUCGGAGGCGAUACACGUAUGGUGGCGGUUCACCGUACCACCAGGUUCUCAGCCCUCCUCGCCAAACUUUCCAAGCUCUCUGGCUCCACCGAUAUCACAAUCAAAUACCAACUCCCCAACGAAGAACUUGACGCCUUGAUCACCGUCUCCACCGACGAAGACGUCGAGAAUAUGAUGGAAGAGUACGACCGCCUCAUCCAAGGCUCUAACUCUAAGACCGCUCGUCUUCGGCUCUUCCUCUUCCCCGUCAACGGCUCCUGCUCCAGCGCCAGCAGCCUUAGCUCCAUCAUCGACGGUCAAUCUAAGCGCGUCCGUGAGCACUGGUUCUUCGACGCGCUUAACGGUGGUGGCACGCCUUCCUUGGAACGCGGCCGGUCUGAAGUUUCCUCUAUCGUCUCCGAAGUCCCCGAUUAUCUCUUCGGCUUCGAUAACUCAGACGAGCUCAAACUGAAAACCAGGCCCGUUUUGACCGAGAACGUAUCAUUUUCCGAUCCUGGUUCGCCGGCCCCGGCGACUUCCUCUCCCUACGGAUCAACCUCAUCGCAGCACUGCGUUCCGUCAAUCCCUGAUCUUCCACCAGUCAAGAUCAAAUUAGAGGACCCUAAUCGUGUGAGUGACUCAAGGGAAAGCCAAAUUGAUAGUUUCAGGGAGACAAGUGAUCAGCCGGUUUCACGGCGAACUGGGUACACGGAUAACACUACAUGGCAGUACUUCCCGGCGAGUCACUUACCAGGUCCGGCAGUCCAACCGAUGCAUGUCUACUACGUGCCCAGUCCUGUGCCGCCGGGUAUAGUUCCCGCUGCAGCAGCUCCGGUGCCGGCAACUUACGUUCAGAGAUUCCCGGUGGGAUUCGGACAUCAAGUCCAUGGUGUGGGUCAGGUGUACGGUGGGGGAGUGAAGGCGGUUAGAGCAAUGGAAGCUUAUGAAUACCCGCCAGCUGGAGUGGUUCACGAAGUGUUGAACCAGCAGCAGGCAUAUUACGCGGCGAGGAAUCCAGGGAUGAUUCCGUCUUACCCUGCUGCCGCCGCGGUGGUCCCUUCUCGGGCUGCCGAGUUGCAGGCGACUGGUACUGACACGAAGAUCGGUCGCGUAUCGCAACCUUAAUAAACUUUUGCAGAUUUGGGUUUUGGUAACUUGAUGGCGGGGUGUGUUGUGCUGUGAAUGGUAAGUUUUGUAAGUUAAUGUUUUGAUUGUAAUUUGCAAUGUGUAAUUACAGAUUUAUUCUUUUUCAUUUUUCUGUGUGAAAAAUUAAAUUUAUUGCAGAAUAGUUGACAAUGUUAUUUAUUUAUCUUCUA